GCGACCGCAACGAAGACGGAAGUGAGUAAAACAGCUGCGGGUUCGGCUCGGUUCUAAAACACGAUUAAUGUUCCGGAACAAACGUGUGCUCCGCCCAGAAUGAGUGGCGAUGAAGAGAUCAAAGCUGGCCGGAGUCUUCCUCUUCGUGGGCGUCCUGCUCGCCUACCUGAUGUUCGUGAGGCGCCACUACGGCGCCGCCAAGCCCGACGCCUUCGCGCUGCCGGCCCCCCGCCACCGGAGGCCCGCCUCCUCCACUGCUGGAGGGAGCUUCCAGUAUGGCAUCAUGUUCGAUGCUGGGAGCACUGGGACAAGGAUCCACAUCUUCAAGUUCCAGACGGAGCUCAAUGAAGCUCCCAAACUGGCCCACGAGACCUUCAGGGCCCUGAAACCUGGACUGUCUGCGUACGCCGACGACCCUGAGAAGUGUGCAGCAGGACUCAAAGAGCUCCUGGAGGUGGCUAAGUCCACUGUCCCCCCCUCCAGCUGGACCCUGACCCCCGUAGUCCUGAAGGCCACAGCCGGCCUCCGCCUGCUACCUGGAGAGAAAGCUGAGCACCUGCUGGACAGAGUGAGGGCGCUGUUUACCGAGUCUCCAUUUCUCUCCAGGGACGACAGUGUGUCCAUCAUGGACGGCACCGAUGAAGGGAUUUCUGCCUGGAUCACCGUCAACUUCCUCACCGGUGACCUUCACACUGCGGACUCGUCCACGGUGGGGAUGCUGGAUUUGGGGGGGGGGUCGACUCAGAUCACCUUCAGCCCUCAGGACGAGAAAACCAUCCAGACUUCACCCAUCGACUACAUCAGGUCCUUCAGGAUGUUCAACAGCACACACACUGUGUACACACACAGUUAUCUGGGUCUCGGUCUGAUGUCGGCUCGACUCGCCGUCUUAGGAGGAGUCGAUUAUUCACCACUAGAGGGCAGCACUGAGCUGGUCAGUCCCUGCCUUGCUCCAGAGUCGUCGGGCAGCUGGGAGCACGCUGACGUGGUCUACACUGUGAGGGGCCAGAAGGCAGGGGAGCCGGUCUACGAGGCGUGUCGGACCAAAGUGGAGAAGCUUCUCUACAGGAAGGUGGAGAAGGCGACGGAGGCUGCAGACGUGGACUUCUACGCCUUCUCCUACUACUACGACCGGGCCGUGGACCUCGGGGCCAUCGAGGAGGAGACAGGGGGAACCAUCCGGGUGCUGGACUACGAGGAAGCAGCUAAACGAGUGUGCAGCGGUCUGGCCCUCAGUCCUCUGCAGAGUCCCUUUCUCUGCCUGGACCUGAUCUACAUCUCAGUCCUGCUGCAGGAGCUCGGCUUCCCCCCACACAAACAGUUCAAGCUGGCGAGGACCAUCAACCAGGUGGAAACCAGUUGGGCUCUGGGAGCAACGUUCCACUACAUCGAGUCCCUGAAGAGACACUGAAGCUAUGACAUCACGCGUGGCCGUCCAAUCAGAAGCUCUCCUCACAACGCCUCUUAAGGACGAGGUGUUCCAGUCUUCUCCUGAACAAAGUGACCUCAUAGAAACCUCAAACGCACAGUGGAAAGUUACUGCACACUUGUACUCUUUAGAAGUACUCUUUAGAAGUACUCUUUAGAAGUACUUUAUGGAGUAUUUCCUUUAACUCCACGGGUACUUUACCUUUCAUCUUUAAUGUUACAGCAGCAGGUUUUUAUUCUGAAUUUUUUCUGAUAUUUUGAAUGUUUGAAACUGACCUUCGUGCCAAAAAUAUAAAGUUUGUUUUUUCAUAAUUGUAAA